GAAGCACAGCCUGCCAAACCAUUCCUGGAAAAAAGCUCCCUUACAGCUAAGGGAAAUGGUCAUUUUUCAAAUCCUAUUUUUCCCAGAGCAAACUGCCAAGAUCCACAGGUUAAAAAUCCACCUUCCAGAAAUCCAUUGCUAGAGCACUUCAGAGGCUUAGCAUUUCCCCAUUCUAACGAAAUGAUGAAGAUAUUUCACAAAAGAUUUGGUCUCCAUCACUUCCGGACAAAUCAGCUUGAAGCCAUCAAUGCUGCUCUGUUGGGUGAAGACUGCUUCAUCUUAAUGCCCACAGGAGGUGGGAAGAGCUUAUGCUACCAGCUACCAGCUUGCGUUUCACCGGGAGUCACCAUUGUGAUCUCCCCCUUGAGGUCACUGAUAGUGGAUCAAGUUCAGAAGCUAACAUCAAUGGAUAUUCCAGCAACUCACCUGACAGGUGACAAGACUGAUGCUGAAGCAUCCAGAAUCUACAUGCAGCUGUCGAAGAAAGAUCCCAUCAUAAAACUCCUCUACGUUACUCCAGAGAAGGUCUGCUCGAGUGGCCGGCUGAUGUCAACCCUGGAGAAUCUCUAUGAGCGGAAGCUGUUGGCGCGCUUUGUGAUUGACGAGGCACACUGCGUUAGUCAGUGGGGCCAUGACUUCCGCCAAGACUACAAGCGGCUGAAUAUGCUUCGUAAGAAAUUUGCUUCCAUUCCUAUGAUGGCUCUUACUGCCACCGCAAACGCAAGGGUGCAAAAGGACAUCUUGAAUCAACUGGAGAUGCUGAAGCCACAGGUGUUUAGUAUGAGCUUUAACAGGCGGAACCUGAAAUAUGAUGUUUUGCCCAAGAAGCCCAAAAGUGUUGCACUGGACUGCUUGGAUUGGAUCCGAAAAUACCACCCAAAUGACUCUGGAAUAAUUUAUUGCCUCUCCCGAUACGAAUGUGACUCGGUUGCCAGCACAUUGCAGAGCUCUGGCCUUUCUGCACUUGCCUAUCAUGCUGGUCUCGCGGACAGCACCAGAGACCAUGUGCAGCAGAAGUGGAUUAAUCAGGACGGAUGUCAGAUUAUAUGUGCAACCAUUGCUUUCGGCAUGGGGAUUGAUAAACCUGAUGUGCGCUUCGUGAUCCAUGCCUCUCUUCCUAAAUCUGUUGAAGGUUACUAUCAGGAGUCGGGCAGAGCUGGGCGUGAUGGAGAAAUUUCUCACUGCCUGCUCUUCUACACCUAUGCUGAUGUCAACAGGCUGAGAAGACUCAUAUUUAUGGAAAAAGAUGGGAACAGCCACACAAGGCAGACACAUUUCAACAAUCUCUACAGCAUGGUACAUUACUGUGAGAAUAUCGUGGAGUGCCGGAGAGUGCAGCUGCUGGCCUACUUUGGGGAAACAGGCUUCAACUCUAGGUUUUGCAAGGAACACCCUGAAGUCAGUUGUGACAACUGCAGCAAGAAGCAGGAUUAUAAACCACGGAACGUGACAGAAGAUGUGAAAAAUAUUGUUAGGUUUGUUCAGGAGCAUUGUGGCGAGAAGCGAGUAAGAAGGAACAACACAGGGAGGUACACCUUGAAUAUGAUGAUUGACAUUUUCUUGGGUACAAAGAGUGCCAAGAUUCAGUCUGGCCUGUUUCGCCAAGGAGCAGCCUACUCACGCCAUAAUGCUGAGCGACUCUUUAGGAAACUGGUACUGGACAAGAUUCUAGAGGAAGACCUUUACAUCACUGCUAAUGACCAAGCAGUUGCAUAUGUCCAGAUUGGUGAGAAAGCUUAUGCUGUGCUGAAUGGAUCUCUGCAGGUAGAGUUCCAUGAAACUGAAAGUGCCAGCAGUAUUCGCAAGCACCAAAGGGCGUCAGUGAUCAAAAUUUCCCAGCGGGAAGAGAUGGUUAAGAAAUGUCUCUCAGAACUCACAGAUGUCUGCAAAAACCUUGGGAAAGCGUUUGAUGUCCAUUACUUCAAUGUUUUUAACACUGCCACGCUUAAAAGAAUAGCAGAGACACUGUCUUCAGACCCUGCAGUUCUGCUUCAGAUUGAUGGUGUUACGGAGGACAAGUUAGAGAAGUAUGGAGCAGAAAUCAUUGAAGUGCUGCAGAAGUAUUCUGAAUGGACACUGCCAGCGGAAAACAAGCCUCUUUGGGCUACAGAAGCUGAUGCUGAAAGAAAUUCCAGUACUGAUGAAGCAGAGGAGGAGCUGCAUACAACAUCUGCCUAUUUCCACAACAGACCCAACAAGGGAAGGAAGAGAAAAAAGCCACAGUUCUUCAGAGAAUCAAAGAAGAAAAUGAGGUCUGGAGGCCAGCAGGCUUUUUCUAAAGGGGGUUACAGAACCGGCAAGAAGGCACCAUCUAACUCCAAAAGUUCCACAUCUUACAUUCCUCCUGCCAAGCCAGGAAUUGGCAAAAGGCCUGCAAUUAUGGCACCGCCAAAACCACAAAGCAGACAGUACCUUAAACCUUCUUUCUCACUUUUGUAAUAUCCUUAAAGCCUUUUAAAUUUUUAUGGAUGCUGUUUAACUAAUUUUUUAUUGAGGUGUAACACUCAUGCCUAAUGUUAAUAAAUACAUUUGCUUGAACCAUA